CGUAAAUGUGUGGUGAUAAUUCCAUCGGAGGAGGAGAUGAUCGCGCGACAGAUGAAGCAAUCACGCAUGGAAGGCGCAGGUUCGAUACCAGUGGAAGCUUUGCUGGAGUUGAAAGCAAUGCUCUCUAUACCGGAUGAGAAGACCGAACCGAUUGAAGAAGUUCUCUUUGUGGAGCCACCGCUCGAAAGGAUCGGUGACGCCAUUGAUCUCGUUCUUCGGCAAGUUUUUUUUUUUCAGGCGCUGUUUCUGUCACAAACGAAAAAAGACCAGCUUGACGUUAUGUGGUACUCGCUGUAA